AUGUCUAAGUGUAUUAUCAGCGAUAAAGAAGCUAAUUUAGAAAAAAGAGUCUCUAAUAUAGAGAAAACUCUUAAAGAGAAUAAUAUUGAAUCUAUCUAUGAAGGGCAUAAAAGGACUAAUUAUUCAAAAUCUGCAGCAAGCAUGAUAAUUAAUUCUAGUAAAUGUUUAUCUACCUUAGCUUCCGUAUUAAUAUUAAAUAGGGUACCUUAAGAGAUAAUCAGAUUUAUGGGUAGGUUAUUAUUUCAAAUAAUGAUAAUAAAUAGAAAUGCCAAGUCUUAUUAAGUGCCAAAAUGCAUAAUAUUAGAAGGUAUCUUUUCCAAAAGCUCAGGUGGACCUUAUUCUUCGUUUUUAUUUAGCAGCAAGCACCAAAAACAUUUUAAAACUAAAAAAGCAGAAAGAGAAAAUUUUAAAUAGGCCAAAUGACCCAGGAUUAGAGCGAAACUUUAGGCAAGCUUUGUCAAUUUAUAGCAAAGACUGCGCUAAUAAUCCAGAUCUUGAGAAAGUUUUUACUCCACCCGUGAGCGAACAAUAAAAAUUGUUUGCUCAGGAGGGGGUUAAUUUUUUUUUUUUAAAAAAAAUUAUUUAUAAUUUUAUAGAUUUUUUUUUUUAUUAAAAAUUUAAAACAAUCCCACUUCUUAAAAAUUAGAAAAAAACAUUUUAAUUUGUAAAAUUUAUGUUUAAAAACGCAAUUUGCUUAAAAUUAAACAAAUUAGCCAGAGAUUUCAUUAUACUAAUAAUCACUUAUAUAUCAAAAAAUUUUUCCAUAAAAAUUUUAGCUCGUCAAGGGGGAAUUAAAUACUUAUUUAUCUUGAAUAGACCUGUAAGAACAAACUUUGAAAAGACCAAAUCAAUUUUAAUAUAUGAAAAUCUCAUUUUGUCUCUUUAUGGAAAAACAAAUGAGGCGAAAUGUCAAGCACAAUUAAAGAUCUAUAAUAACGUAUUUCUUCUAUAUUAUUGAGGUCCUCAAAAAUUAGUUUUACGUGCUAAAAUGUGAAGAAACUAA